AUGGAAAUCUUAGAAAAGCGUGUUUGCCAACCAGUCAAACGCUACCUUCAGGCUCAUGAUCCUUCUUCAGUCAACCAGGCAAUGUUCAUAAAUCAUUAUGGUCAAGAGAAGGCCAAGGAGAAUGGGACAAUUCCUACCAAGCUGAAUGAUGUUCCUAGUGCAUACCGGCUUGGUGGACUUGCAACCGCUGUAGCCAUUGGCUAUGGAGAGGCAAGUAACCCCCAUCUUGAUCCGCAUGAUUCCACCUGUGUAUACACAAUCUUCACUCAGUUCACAGGGAAUGUCAUUCUUGCAACCACUGGUUCCCUUAUACACCAUGCCCACGGACGUAAGGAGUUAGAUCGUUCACGUAUCACUGCUGUCUUGUACAAUUGCUGUGUGGUUGAAGGAGACGCAUUCAAAGAACUUAUCAAGGAGGUAGACGGCUGUGUGAUAGACACGUGUUGUUGCAACACCUCUGGGCCUUGUGCAGGCAACAAACAUCAUUUUGAUCUUCUCUUCUGCACAAUCAUGCCUCACGGUACCUUGGGAGGCAAUUACCCCACCGGAGUCAACCAGCAUAACACAUCCAUCAACAGCGAGCAGCUUGAAACCGCUUUGAUCCAAUUGAUCAAUGUUGAGAACGUUACACAAUGGGCCACAAUUCUGAGCAGACUUCAGUGUGAACAUGGAAUCAGCUUGAAGCGGUCAACACUGGGAAAAUAUCUGAAGAUGUUUGGCCUAGGAGGCAGUCGCCGUGCAGAUUUAGAUUAUGGCUCCACUGCUGCAGCUGUAAUAUCACAUGUCCUUGAACACGACCCACUUCUGAAAGAUGGACCUUCAGAAGUGGCUCACCGACUAGGCCAGCAAGGCAUCCACGUCAAGCGUGCUGUGGUCAUUCUAAUCAAAUGCAGAGAUCUUGUACGUCAGGCAAUGUUGGACCGCUUCAAUGAGGGGUUUGACAGGAGGGCUCGUAGUACCAAGAACAAGACACAACAUCUUGGAGUACUUCAUGCGGCUGGACCACCGGAAGAGGUCUCCAUUGAUGGUCAUGAUAAGCUUAGUGCACUUGGCUUCCCCAUCUACGGCAUGAGAGAUAAAUUCUCCCGACGUUGGCUUGUUUUGAAGGCUAUCCCUAGCAAUCGGGUCAAUAGGAUGACAGGAGUUCUAUACUUACAACUCAUCAAAGAGUUAGGCGCUGUUCCACUGCAACUGACAAGUGAUUGUGGGAAUGAAGUCCUUGACAUCUAUUCGUAUCAGAAUGCACUUCGGGCCAACGAACUCCACCAACUGAACAUGCUUCAAGAGCAACUCGAUUGGCCCCUCAUCCCUGAAGCACACCAAUUCCUCACCUCAACAUCAAACAUCACUGUGGAAAGAGGUUGGCGACGCCUGUCUGAACGCUUCAACAGCAAGUUCAAAACACUCAUAUCAAAUGCUAUCUCAGCUGGGAUCUAUCUACCAGGUAGUCAACAUCAUCGGCUGAUCUAUUUCUUCCUCUUCUCACCGUUGGUGAACUCCGAACUGGAGUUGUAUAGGUUGUCUGUCAACCGCAAGCCCAUCCGCAAACAGCAUGGAUCAAGUCUGCCUACAGGGGAGAGUCCUGACACUAUGUUCCUUUCAAGAGGGAUUUAUUGUGGUAUAAAGCUUGGCCAGGAAGGAUCAGAACAAGUAGCACGAUGGGAAACAAUGCUGGGUGGGACAAAGGCGCUUGACUUCCUGGAUGAAGAAGAAUGGCUGUGGGCUGAGGGCCUGUAUGACCAAGUGGGGAGACCGCUUGUGACAUUGUCUUCUGUAUGGGACGUUUUCCAGUCUAUGGCUUCGUGUAUUUAA